GGCUCUCGUUGUACUAUCGUAUGCACUUCCGUCCAAUUUACCAACUAACCGUGGUGUGGAAAACUAAAUCGGAAAACCUUUACAGCCCUUUAGACCCAUCUUCAACAUCAAAUGAGUUUAAGGGGCAAUUACAUCCAUAAACUGACAGAAAGUGCAGUCAAUUGCUUAACUUCAAAAAGGGUUAUUGCAAUUCAAAGGAAUGAAACAAUCAAAGGAGUCUUUCUCAACGAGUGGUAGGGAAGCUGAACAAGAUACGAACAUUGACGUCAUCAUUAGGUCAUUUGAGUCACGUGACAGUCCCAUGAUUCGCAAGAUCUUUACGCAAAGCAUGGGAGAAAUGCGAGGACCCCUUGUUCGUGACGUCAUGUACCAAGUGGCUUUUUAUGGAUUAUUUUUAUCGUUCCCUGUAGCACUUUUAAACUUCAUAUGGUCUCCUUGGUGUUUAUCAAUUUACCUUUUAGUUUUAUUUUUUUUAUUGGUUGCCUUGUUCACUGGACUGCACAUUGGGUUUUCAAGGUACAUUCGAAGCUGCUUACGCAACGAUCUAGACAACGUAGAGAAUGUCUAUUUAGGCCAGAAAAGGUCCCAUAUGUGGGUGGCUGAACUUAACAGCAAAAUCAUCGGCAUGGUCGCCCUUGUUCCCGGCAGUGAGCACGAAGUUUGUUUCGGAAAGCCUCGGGACACCGUCGGUCGACUUCGGAGAAUGGCUGUUUCACCCGAAUUUCGUCGACUUGGUGUUGCUAAGAAAUUGUUACAUGUACUAUUAAGUUUUGCAAAGGAGAUAGGAUAUAAACAAAUAGUUCUUUUGACAACCAGCGCUCAGGAGGCUGCGCUUAAGUUUUACCCAAAGAAUGGAUUUUACUUGGUGUCUAAAAGGCUAGCUAAUGUAGCCCUUAGGGGAUUUUAUCAUUAUGAUUACUGUUACGAUCUAGAUAAAGCUAGAUAA